GAAAAAGAGAGGGGGAAAGAAAGAGGGGGAAAGAGUCACCAGCAUUAAUGCCACGGUGAACUUUAUUUUUUGUAAAUAUCUUUUGAAUUUAACACUAAGUUCUGGGUUCCUUCCCUUUGUUUUUUGCACAAAAGACUACGUAUAUAUUUGCCUCUUUUGGCGACAUUAGAAAAUUAUUUCUGUAUCUAAUAAAUGCUGAAAGGGCACCAAACGGAUGGCUGUGACUCAAGCCGUAUUGCCUUCGUUUUCAAACUUCUGCAACGCCUCUGAAAACAUGAAGGCUUGGAAGUUUGAAAAAGGCUGUUUGGACCUGGACUGCAAGGAUCUACACCAAAGCAACAGCAACUACAAACCUUCACAGUUUCUGACAGAUGAAGACCAUGAUGAUGGUGAGGGAUGCUGGGAUAUGGAGUUCCUGCUGUCUGACUGGGGCAGUGCAUCACCUGAACGGUCCAACUCUCAAAACUACACUCCCCAACGGCCAGCGCUGCAAGACCAGGUUCACAAUCCUGAUCUUUACCAGGUCCAAGAGUUGAAUGGACCGAGGGACCAGACAAGAUCAGAUAGACACCAAGUGUCUGUUACAAGUUCACUGGCUGAGCUGCUUCCUCAUGAAGCAACUUUAAGUUCCUCAUUGCCUGACCUCUUUAACGGAGGAUAUUUGGAACAGCAGCAGCAAACGGGGAAAUCAUUCUCACAACCAGAAAUCCCCCAUCAGUUUAGUAGUUUCCCUGUUGCUAAUGACAUAGAAAAUGAGAGAAGCAGCAUGGGGAAGAUGAAGUCGUGGGAUUUUGGACACUACCCUCAACCUGCACCUCUGAUACCCUUCACCGACUCCAAAUUUGUCCAAGCGUCUGGGAUUGCCAUGGACGCACUGGUCUUUCCUCCACACCAUCACUAUAACUUCAUCCAAAACUACUCACACCCCAGACUCUACCAACAACAAGUGAACUACGUCCACAGGCAGCCAACCAACCACUAUCUGUCCACACAGACCAUGGUACCUGACUCCACAGUGCCACCUGCAGGUCUGGAGGGGAAGCGCAUUCGGAGGGGGGUGGUGAAGAGGAAAGCCACGGUACACAGUUGUGAAUACCCAGGCUGCCAUAAGACUUACACCAAGAGCUCUCAUCUCAAAGCACACCUCCGUACACACACAGGUGAAAAACCAUACCACUGCUCAUGGGAUGGCUGCGGGUGGAAGUUCGCCCGUUCAGACGAGCUGACAAGACACUUCCGGAAACACACGGGACAGAAGCCAUAUGAGUGUAUGCUCUGCCACAGAGCCUUCAGCCGGUCCGACCACCUGGCAUUACACAUGAAGAGGCACGUGUGAGGGCAAACACAAACAAAACAGAAAAAUACAAAUGCAUACACACAGAGGUUAGUCCAUAAGGGCAUUUCAGAGGAUUUAAGAGGACCUGUGUUCAGCUGUCGAUUGUUUAUACAUAAAAGUGUAUUAGCACUAUUACAUGACCAUACAACUGACAUGUACAUACUGUUCAUUAUGUGAUAAAGGAGAUGAGUUGGUGAUUUUUUUUUUUUUUCUUACCAAAUUAAAUCAUAAUAAUAAGCAGAUUUCACACCGAAAUCCAGAUCUCCAAAUUUGUAAUUACUUACAGUAAAAACAUCAGACUUAUUUCCAAUCUGGACCCUUUAGCUAAACUGUAUGAAUUGGGAAACGGUAAAGAAUCUAUUGAAAUCCACCCAUCAAAAAUGGAUUACUGUGAAAAGUGAAAUAAAAAGGAAAACAUUUUCAGAAAGUAAAAUAGUUAACUGGCAGGACAUUGUUGUAAUGUUCCAUAAAGGAAAUUCCUGAUGAAUAUGAAUUGGAAUUAGUUCAUGUACAUAAAUAUGCAGAAAUGCAUGUAGCUUAAAGUGUGAUUUUUACAGAAAAUUAUAAAACAAAAUAUAUAUAUGUUGCUGUUCAGCUGUGAGCAUUGUAUUAUUUUAUAAUUUUGAUUUAGUAUUCACAUCUAAUUUAUUGUCUGUAGUCCUAGUGUGGAAGUUCUGUGGCAUUUUAAAUGUUAGCAAAAGUCAUAAAAGUCUUCAUGUGUAAUGGUAAUGUCGUUAUUUAUAUAACAAUACCAUCUAGACAAAAACAAAUAUAUUUUGCUUUUUAUAAUAAUGUUAAUGUUUUUGUGAAGCAUUUAGUGUUUUACUGAAUAUAUGAUCUAAUUAUUUGAUCUUAUUCCAUAAUAAAGCAACUGCAAUUCUGUC